AUGGGUGCUCUCACAGCUCAAUAUACAGCUCCAGAUCCCUACACCACCUUGAAGCUGUUCUAUACGGGCACAAGGAAGUGGUCCAGGUGCUGCUUGACCAUGGAAUUGACACAUCCAUUAUUGAUUACAAGCAGCAAACAGCGUUACAUGUUGCUGCGCAGUGCUUUGCGUCCGAUAUCGUCGCACUUCUUCCAGGAAGAGGAGCAGAUCGGUCUACUGCACGUCUGGAUCGAGGUGGGCCGUAUCGUUGUCGGCACGGCAAGUUUAUUGGAAGGUCUACAGCUGCGACCUCGCUGGCACCGUUGCUAUAGUCGUUCAUCGCAUUCGCCCCUCCCGAGUCCUAGCCAUCCGGGCUUUCUCCAAAAGAGAUGCAGACAAGAUGUCGUAGAGAUUCCGCCAGAUCCAGCACGAAAAUAUCGUCUCUGCCAAAGAAUGCUUCCGAUUCAAGGAUUCGAUGUCCUCAGCAGUUUAUCCUAUCUCACGGCAGCCGGUUUUGAGCAUCGGUCUCUGAUAUCCUCCAAUAUACUGUUGGGGCUUGAUGGGGUUAUCCAGAUCGCGGCCUUGGAGGACUGUCAUACGCAUCUUCUGGAUCAGACACAGGCUCAAGCCAUGAAAGCGUUGGCAACCAUUACUAUGGAGCUAAUGCAAAAAUAUGUCAAGGAUGACGGGGUGAUCGGGGUGGAUGAUGUAGAGCGAUGGCCGGUCGAUUCUGAUGCCGUUGGAUUCCUUUCGGCGACUACCUCUGCUGGUUCUAUCGAAGAACUAAAAGGCUUAACUAACUACAGAGUAGGUCGAUCCAAAUUAUUCGGAUCACUCUCUGACAACCCUGGCUUCGGAAGCAAUUCAGCCUACAACUUGGGUCUCAGGUAUCUUACGUAA